GGCAAUUCAAUCAGUUUGUCCACGGUCGAUGUGUCCGCUGCGUAUGUGGGUCUUCGCACACAUCAACCACUAAUUGCCGGUCCGUUACUCGCCUGUUUCACCUAUGCCGGCCCUCUCUACUGGCAACUGGCCUAUUUCACCCGAUACGCAUUUCAUCCAUCCACCAGUAGUCGUCUCGGUGCCAGUCUGUCCCUAUUCCGAUUGGGAUUUGUGAUUUUACCGUUAACAUUCUGUGCCACCAUUUGUUUCUUGCUCCAGUCCCAUCUGUUCAUUUGGACUGUGUUCACACCGAAAUUACUCUAUCUGGCCACAUUCCAGCUGGUCUUCCUCCCCGUCCUGUUGUUGUGGUCAUGCAAAACCGCUUGA